GGCGGACGGCCUCGUUUGCCAGGGCUCGUUAAAUAACGAACCUAUCAAGUGUAUGCAUGGGGCUAGACUACGAGCAGUCCCUUCUUUUCGGCGAAAUCCACCGCGUGAAUCCAAGAAAUCCAUGAAAAGAAAAAAGGGACAGCUCGCAGUCUAGUAACGGGACAAUGUUACUUACACGUUGAGUAUCAGGCAUGACUUGUUUACUUCUCGUGCCUGCUACUUUUUUUUUUUUUUUUCAAUAAUUGGACAGUCAUAAACGACGUCGUGCGGGGGAUGUUCCCGUAAAAUUUCACCGAUAUCGCAUGGUAGCAUUCUCAGUUCUGGAUAAAGCAAGCUUUCAUGGGGAUAUACAAAUCGUAAAACAUCAUCAAGCUGACUUAUGUUGACAUUUUCCGCAGGAAACAGUCCAUGUCAUUUUGUAUAGCAUGUAUGCUCAUUUGAGAUGUCCUGUAAUUUUUCGUGACCCUGACACAACAUAUUUAGCUCAAAAUGUGUGUGCGUUGCGUACCCUCAUGCAAUUUUUUUUUCCCGACAGAAUGAGGUGAAUUCUAGGUUGGGUUAGUUUUCAUAUUACAGAUAUGAAUUACUGCCCAGAGACGGUAAUAGUGCACUCUGCAUUUUUCCUUGCUGAAAGCUUGCAAAGUUUGACUAAGUUGGAGAAAGGCAAGGGUACCAGAGCAGUACAGAUCGUUUCCAGGGCCAUCAAAGAAAUAACUGGAGAAUUGCUUGUUGACGACAAAGGCAGGUUGCUUCCAGUUGAAGUCAGAACACUUGAGUUUAAGAUUCACUCUUGGAUAUUUGCUUCACUGGUUAAAGCAUAUGGUGGUCUUAAAUUCGACGAUUCGCGCGAAGAAGAAUAUUUUGACAGUUUCCCUCCACUUCCAGGGAUGGGUGUCGGGUUUUAUUUAGAGCUGCUACAAGAAGUGGGAUGGAAUGAGCUUUUAGUUGAGUGUCUUUGUGGAUUUGAUGGAUAUGAUACAACUUCUCUUUUAGAGGAUAUCAUCAAAGACCUUAUUCAAGAACCCAGUUCUGAGGAUCUCUCUCUUUUCCUCUGUCUUUUCAAUUCUCUGCUCGUGUCAAGAAGCUUUCAUCGUGCAUCUGUUCAUGAGGAUAAUAAACUGAAUCAAACAUGCCAAGCAAAGUCUUGCUCUCUGCUGUUAUUGGAAGGUGUGACACAUCUUAGAAAGAAAUUUGUUGCCUGGCCAGCUGCACAGCUUGAUAUGAUGAAAAAUGUUAUUGACUUUGUUUUUACAGAGGUUACUCAUUUGAACUUUGAACUAGAUAGUUCAAAUACAGAAGGAAAUAUUUUGUGUGGAAUCUGUUGGCUACAAAAUCAUGUUUCUUGCAAGCAUCAACCUUUUACCAUGGAGGAAGAUAAAGUUAAUGAUUACAGAAAAACUUUUGGCCAAAAAUCAGAACAUAACAAAGAGACAGAGGCUUUUAGAAAUCACAAAGCUCGUCUGGAUGUUGUUGUUUCAGGGGAAUGUACUGCUUGUAUUAGCUUUUUAUGUCAAGGGAUGAUAAAUGAUUGGAGUGAGGUUUCUCACUGGAUUCAAGGUAAUGUGAACAACAAUAGUAUGGGUGAGCUAGACUCCAGUUCUUGGCUUCCUCUACACAGAUGGAUGAUUCAACUUUAUACUUUGGCUUGGUUCAUUGAGUCAUGCACUGAUGACGGUAUAUUACACAAGCAGGCAGAAAAACUGCAAACUGGUUUAGCACAAUAUGUGAAAAAGCAUGCAACAGAGGCAGAACUUGAAUGGAUUGACGGCUUUAAGCGGGGAGAGUUGAUUGGCUUUGAGGAAAGUUGCUUUGAAGAGGAAUUCAGUUCUCCACUUGGAUCUGUAGAUUUGUUGCUGUUUCAAGCCGAAAGUACAGAGGAGCAAUUCCAUUUCUAUUUGCAAAGAGUCAAUAAUAGAUUAGAAGGUUAUAAAGAGUGCUUUGAUUGGCUGUUGAGUACAGAGGAAUUUCAUGGAGACUCUGAUUGGUUAGAAUGCAUGAGGAACCAUGCUGUGGAAAUAAGUGAGGCGCAACACGCACUUAAAAUGAUUGACAUCAUCUACAUGCAAAGGCAGAGUCUUUGUGCUGACAACACAUGCAGUGAUACGGUUUACAAAGAACUGAAGGAGAUCUUGUUGACUCUGCAUUCCAAUCUGCCUCACCCAUCUGAAGAACAGAUCAUAGAGUAUGCUUUCCUCAUGUCUAGCUCAUUACCUUCUCCUGAAAAUGACUCAAUCUUUUUUCACCCAUGGUUCAUGGGAGAAGAGACAGUAAAUUUUCAGCUUGAGCUUGUAUUGACCUUCAAUAAAGUUAUUGAUUGUGAUAUCGCCAUUGAUGGUCAGUUGAAGUCCUCAACAAAAGAUUUAACAAAAGCUGCUCUGAUAUCAGUGCCCUUGACUCUAAACAAGGCUGUACAAGAAGGAGUAAAGAGUAUCCCUCACACAAAGGCUAUUUGCUCUGUAUUACAAAAAUUUCCUAAUUUGUGUCAAUUGCAAUACAACAAAUCUUCUUCCUCAAGAACAUUACUGUGCCAGGCACUUCUUGCAACCACAGUGAAUGUGUCGUCAAGACAACAGGAGAGCAACCUGCUGAACAUGGUAGCUGUCAUGUUGACUGCAAACUCUACACAACUACUUGAUGUCCAGGAGUUCAUACAAGCGGUUGUGUUACCCUUUUUGAACAACAGCAACAUGGAUGACAACAUUCCCGCAGCUCUUGUCCUCAAACUUCUUAACACAGCAAUGGAAACUGUCUCUGUCUCAGUUGAUCUACUCUUCCUCAAAAAGUAUUCAUUAACCAUCAUCCUUUGCCUGUGUGAAUUGCUUAAUGACUGCAAUGCAUUUUGGGAAAGUAUGGCCCCAGAACACUCUCUCAUAGAGAUGGAAGAGUUAAAGGAACUGGUGCUGAAGGCUUUGGACAUUGAAAUCAAAAUCUGUCUGGAGGUUAUAAAAAUCAACCCUUCAUUUGCAAGAGCUUUAGGGUGGCUGCUAAAGAGAAUGAAAGAUGGAUUUGACUGGACAAAUCCUCUUUAUUUGGAAGAACUCUUCAUCGCAGCGUCUACAAUGUACAAACUGUCUAUUCCUCCGUGCUUGUUAAUGGUAUGUUGGGAGCCUGGAGACAAGUGGACGGUAGAUAAAGACUUACCUUAUGGCCCUGAGGAUGUGUUUACAGUUCUGUUUGAAUACUGCCGUGUGUCAGACUCGGCUUUAGAGUGUGUUUUGGAGAGAUUUGUGUCAAAUAAGUUGCCCGGUGACCCGGAGGACAUUAGAAUAAGAGUAGUGACCAGCCUACUGCAGAUUCUUCCCCAUUGCACGUGGAAAGAAUGGAACAGAAUUCUUGCAGUGUGCCAGUUCCUUCUCAAGAGACGUGUUUUUCCGGUUUGUUCUUCCAAUGGUGUUUCUUGCCUCGAAGCAGAAGAUGAUGAUCAAAAUGUGUGUGAACUGUCUUCGUUGCUGUUAGAUAUGAUGGAAGCUCUUCGUAGCCCCUCGUGUAGUUCGUGGGCCACCCCUCAUGUGUGGCUUUACGUCAUCAAGCAUUACAUCACCGCAAUAAAAGAAGCUGUGAAUGAAAACACCAAUGCGAUGGUAACAGCUUCCGUAUUUGGACAUCUGUGUCACGUGAUGACCUUUGCGCCAGUUGCCUGCCUGGAUCAGUUGUUUGUUCUUUCCCUGAACUUGGUAACCAGGCCGUCCGUGUCCAGCAGUGACGUUAUUGAGCGGAUGAAGAUGUCAAUCAACAGACUGUCAUCUCAGGUGCACAAGGCAGCCCUGAUGCAAAAACUAAAUCAAAGUAAAUAAAUGACUGCAAACUGCAAACAGGAGAUGUACAGUGCAGAAGAUACCGCUAGCUAUGGCAGAUGUGUUUUGUGAAAAUAGUUUGAUUACACUGCAGGAAGGGGGAAAGUUUGUUUUUGAGGGCUCAGAAUGAAGCCUGUCGUAGCUUUGGAAAAGUGUAUCCAGCCACCUUAGCACGACAAAGACAGAACUGCUCUUUUGAUUGAAGAAAAUUGAGUUCUUAAACAAUUUGAAUCAUGAUAAUAAUUUUAUCUUUAUUUUCAUCUUUCUGAAACAGGUUUACUUGGCGUGUAACUAUCUUGUAAAAGCUGAACGUGAUGUGUUUUUUUAAUUUAUACCAUAGUGAACGUACGAAAGCGCAAGUGAUUUACUGGCUCAUCUAUUUAAUGUAACUAAUAAGAUGUAACAAAAUGUAAUAAACUGUAUGGACAUGUUAA